GCAGAAAGAAACCAUCGACGAAACAGAACAGCAAUAAUCGACGAACCCGCUCGAAGAAAAAGAUAAUAAUCGACGAACCGAGCGAAAAAGUCAGAUGACGUUACAAGCGACGGGCGAAAACAGAAGGGGGGAGGAAUUGUUUUGUAAACAAAGCAAACGCAUCUUCGCAGUGUGUUGUUCUAUCGAAAGGAGAGUGGAAUCUUGAAAUUUUGUAAAUUUUCCUGACGAAUUCAAGCGAAAGACGGAACGAUGCUGUCGGCAAUGAUAAAGGACCACCAAGCCAAGCAGGCAGCAAAAAAGGAAGAUCAAGAGCGUCGCCGAAAGGAAGCAAUUAUGUCUGCGAAUGAGCUCACACAAAACUUGGUUGACCAUCUUAACGUUGGCGUUGCCCAAGCGUACCUCAAUCAGAAGCGGCUGGACGCGGAAGCCAAACAGCUGCACGUUGGUGCUACCAACUUUGCCAAACAGACGACCCAGUGGCUUGCGUUGAUCGAAAAUUUCAAUGGAUCUCUAAAGGAAAUAGGAGACGUGGAAAAUUGGGCAAAAACGAUCGAAAAUGAUAUGAAUGUCAUAACAACCGCGUUGGAAAUUGCGUACAAAACCAGCAGGGAGAAAUGAACGCCAGCCGUGUGCUGCUUCCGCGACAAACGACCGUCAUUGCUAGUGGAAGCUUAUUUCAUUGCCGUGUGGUACUAUUUUUCAUCGAUUUUUGUUGUGCUGAACCGUUUCAAAGAAGCCACCAUUCUCUAUCGUUUUGUGUUAGGGAGAUUUUAAGUCACAUUCCGACCCAACCCCCAUCGCUCAACUCUUUUAUUUUACCCCACCUAGUCAGUAUAUCGAUUGUAAAAGAAAUUUGUUCAUGCUAUUUUUACGAAGAACGAAAUAAAAGAAAGUUAUUCGGAAGGCAACGCAGCAUAA